AUGGGCAAGCGCCGGCGCCGGAGCCGGAGCCGUAGCCGGACCUCCUCCUCCACAUCCUCCUCUUCUUCGGCGACCUCCACAAGCUCUUCCUCUUCCUCUUUCUUUUCUGGUGUUCUGCAAAACUCGGAUCCUCAGCUCCUCUUCGGCGUCAUGCUUGCCGCUCUUUCUAAUCGUGAACCAGGAAAACCCACAUUACAAGGAAACCUAGUUAUCCAAAAAGCUCUAGACCAUCUUCUUUCCCUCCUCUCCAAUCCCCCCAAUUUGAUCCUGCAUUCUCAACGAACGUUGCACAUUUCUUUAAUCUCCUUGCUCCCUGUUCUCCUCAGUUCCAAAUGCUCUGAGGUUGCUUGUAGCGGUUUAGAGGUAGUGGGUGCCGCGUCCUUGUUCUCAAUUGAAAUGAAUGAACAAAUUGCUUUUGAUGAAGAAAUAGUGAAGGGGUUGAUUACUGGGGUGGCAAGUUCUAGGAAGAGCGUAUCCGUGGCAGCUUGCAAUGCUCUUCUUGACUUGUUGACUACAUCCGUUGGGCGGUCUAGAUUGCUGGAAUUCUCUGCCAUUGACAAUCUUAUUAUUUGUUUCCUUCAGGUCCCUAAAUCUUCAAUACCAUCGAUUUCCCUGAUUAUGGAGGAGGUGGGUACAUUAACUUGCUUCAGAAUUGGAUUCAUGGAAGAUGAAUAUCCUAUAUUGCUUCUUCAUAUUGCAAUUACUCUCCUCAAUGAGUGCACUUUAGAGCAGCUGAGGAAGGUCCCAAGAGAACUCUCAAAAAGUUUGUUAACGUAUUUGGAAAAGUUGUGGACAGAAGUACGCAAACAUAUUCUAGUAGAUGCAGUUGAGGAAUCAGAGAGAUUUUCCUAUUUAAGCAAUAUUAGAACUAAUAAUAUAGCAGAAAGCUUAUUCAGACUCUCAAUGGAAGGAAUAUUCGCCAUGCCAUCCAAGUUCCAAGAGGUUAAGAGGAGCAUCUUUCACUUGGGUCAGAUUAGUUUUGAAUCUUUUGUGGUGAACCACUGGGAGGAAUCACCAUUGCUUAUAACAAGGCUGUCAAAUGCCUUAUUGCAUGAUAAUGUUUUUAGCUCUUUCUUACAAUAUAUUAGGUCCAAGGAAACUGUUCCUUCAUUUCUUGCUUGUUUACUUCAGAACCAUGCUUCUGCUCUACCAAUUAGUUCAGAUGAGCUAGAUAUAAUUAGCUUUCUGAAGGAAGCAAGAGAACAUAUAGGCUGUCCUAUAGUCUACCAACAGGAUAUUCGUGUCCUUAAAACUCUGGAUUCUAAGGGAGAGAUGCAUUUUUUCCACGGGUCUUCCGAUUCUCAUGGCUCCCAGGUUUCUCAUUUUCUAUCUGCACAUGAUAUUUUGAGAUGUGAAGAAGCAUAUAAUGAUGGUUACACGUUUGCUCUGCGUGGCAUGGAGUUCCAUUUUCAAGAUAUUGCUACUAUUUCAGAAGGGCUGGCCAUUCUUUUUGGUCAACCAUCAACAGCAGUGAAUAUGUACUUAACACCACCAAAUUCCCAGGGCUUAGCUCGUCAUCGUGAUGACCACUGUGUUCUUGUGUGCCAAAUCAGAGGAGUUAAACACUGGAAGAUAUUUCCCAAUCCAUGCCCACGGUUACCUCGCUUAUAUGAACCUGUCGAUGACUUGCGUGAUCUAGAGAGCGAAAAUGAGUUAAUAGAUGGAUGCAAAGAAUUUCUUUUGAGAGAAGGUGACAUCUUAUACAUUCCUCGAGGUUUCCCUCAUGAAGCAUGUACGAUAAUUGAUGACGCCAAACCAAAUGGAAAUGCAGAAUCCUCCUUGCAUCUUACUCUUGCUAUUGAGAUUGAGCCACCCUUUGAGUGGGAAGGCUUUGUUCAUGUGGCACUUCAUCAUUGGGGUCGGAAUUACAAUCUCGCCAAUCGCAUAUCUUGUGAAUCAUCUCGGGAUAUUGAUGAUGUGGCUGUGCACUUGAUGCAUAUUGCAAUCAAACUGAUUGGUGAUGUUGACCCCAUGUUUCGAAAGGCUUGUUUGAUUGGUGCAAUUUCAUUUCCAUCUGUUACUGAAGGAUGGCUACGGACACACCAACAAUCAACUUUCAACCACUUGCUCAGUAGAAUUAAUGCCAACAAUAGUUUCAAUGAUGUUGUAUCUAACGUAGAAGCAGCUAUCAGAAAACAUGAAGAUCUCUUUGAAAAAUUGAGAUGGCUUCGUCAUCUUGACCAGAAAAUAUCCUCAAUGGGGAUGGAAGACAUCUUUCAUGUACUAGUUCACGAAAAGGACAAAGUUGAAGCUUCCUUCAUGGAGGUUAAAUCUGAGUUCUGUAAUGGAGUAGUAUUGGACGACGUAAUACCUCAUUAUAGCAUGAUACUCGAAAAAUAUAGAAGAACACGAAAACAAUACAUUAACGGAAUGUUAGCUUUAAAUUGCAUUUGACAGGUUUUAUGAUUGUAAAAUUAUUUUUCAUCUAAAGCAAACUUCUCUUUUUGAGUUCUUUUAGGAGUAAUCAAUAUAUGUAUAUAUAUAUAUAUAUAUAUAUAUUAUCUGUAUUGCUAACAUUUCUCUUGUUAAGCCUAGUUUUAUGCAGAGAAAGCAAACCCGAAGGAAAAUCAAAGGAAGAAAGCC